GGGAGCGGCGGACAGUGCGGGACAGUUGCUCUCAGUGUGUGUUCGAGUCGAGUCGAACGGCAGUGUGCGUGUGUCAGUCAAAGAUGGCGGACGAAAAAGAAACGAACGGCGGUGGUAGUGGCCAUGGCAAUCACAAUUCCGACUCGACGGAAGGCCCGGGCACGGGCGAUUUGAACACGGUUUUUGGCAUGAAACAGCGCGGACGUAAAGGAGCUCUCAAGAAAAAGAACAUUUACAUCGUCAAGGACCACAAGUUCAUUCCGCGCUUCUUCAAGCAGCCGACAUUCUGCAGUCACUGCAAAGAUUUUAUCUGGGGAUUCGGCAAGCAAGGCUAUCAAUGUCACAUUUGCAGUUUCGUCGUUCACAAACGAUGCCACGAGUACGUCUCAUUUACCUGCCCGGGCGUCGAGAAAGGCGUCGAAUGCGAGGAUUCCCGGACGACACAUAAAUUCAAGCCGUACACGUACAGCAGCCCGACCUUCUGCGACCAUUGCGGCUCGCUCCUCUACGGUGUCAUCCAUCAGGGAAUGAAAUGUGACGCGUGUGAUAUGAACGUGCACAAGCGCUGCACCGAGAGCGUCCCCCAUUUGUGCGGAUGCGACCACACGGAGAGACGCGGGCGGAUUGAGAUCAAGAUCUCGUGCACGCGCGACAAGCUGCUCCUAGAAGUGUGCCAGGGCAAGAAUUUGAUGCCCAUGGAUCCCAACGGUCUGUCAGAUCCCUUCGUCAAAGCUCGACUCAUCCCCACCACGGACAAGGACAACGUCAAAAUGAAGACGAAAACCAUCAAGGCGUCGCUCAAUCCCGAAUGGAAUGAAACGCUGACAUUUGAAUUGAAAGCGGAAGACAAGGACAGGCGCAUUCUGGUGGAAGUUUGGGAUUGGGAUCGGCUUUCUGGCAACGAUUUUAUGGGCUCGCUGUCGUUUGGCAUCUCGGAGAUCAUCAAAUCGCCGGUGGAGGGCUGGUUCAAGUUGCUCUCUGAGGAGGAAGGCGAGUUCUACAAUGUGCCCGUCACCGACGGCAUCGACACGGAAGUGUUCCGCAAGCAGAUCCGCCAAAAGGCCUCCGUCAUCAGCAUUGCCAAGCCCAAGGAGCCGUCGCGAUUCGACACUGAAAUUCCGCACAACAUGAGCCGCAAGGACAUCAUCCGUGCCACUGAUUUCAAUUUCCUCAUGGUCCUCGGCAAAGGCAGUUUCGGCAAGGUGAUGCUGGCCGAGCGCAAAGGAACUGACGAGCUCUACGCCAUCAAAAUCCUCAAGAAGGAUAUCAUUAUCCAGGACGAUGACGUCGAAUGCACUCUGGUGGAGAAACACGUCCUGGCGUUGGCCAGCAAGCCGCCAUUCCUCGUCCAGCUGCAUUCCUGCUUCCAGACGAUGGACCGGCUCUACUUUGUCAUGGAGUACGUCAACGGUGGCGACCUCAUGUUCCAGAUACAGCAAUGCGGCAAGUUCAAGGAGCCAGUCGCCGUAUUCUACGCAGCCGAAAUUGCCGUGGGUCUUUUUUUCCUGCACAGCCGCGGGAUCAUUUACCGCGAUUUGAAAUUGGACAACAUCCUGCUCGACCAGGACGGACACAUCAAGAUCGCCGAUUUCGGCAUGUGCAAGGAAGGAAUCAACGGCGAGAAAGUGACCAAAACAUUUUGCGGUACUCCCGACUACAUCGCUCCCGAGAUCAUCCUGUACCAGCCGUACGGAAAGAGUGUCGACUGGUGGGCCUAUGGCGUCCUUCUCUACGAGAUGCUGGUCGGCCAGCCGCCGUUCGACGGCGAGGAUGAAGAGGAACUUUUUGCCGCCAUCACGGAUCAGAAUGUUUCCUACCCGAAAGCCCUGUCCAAGGAGGCCAAGGAAAUCUGCAAAGGACUCCUGACCAAGCAGCCAGUCAAGCGGCUGGGUUGCACUGCCAAAGGCGAAGAAGACGUCCGCACUCACCCGUUCUUCCGGCGGAUCGAUUGGCUCAAGAUCGAGUCGAGGGAAGUCCAGCCGCCCUUCAAGCCCAAAAUCAAACACCGCAAAGACGUCAGCAACUUUGACAAGCAAUUCACGUCCGAGAAGUUGGACCUGACGCCCACCGACAAGCUGUUCAUGAUGAACUUGGAUCAGAACGAGUUCUUCGGAUUCUCCUUCCUCAAUCCCGAAUUCGUCCAGCACGUCUGAGACCCCGCUCUCCCGCGUGAGAAAUAGCGACGCCAAAUUUUUAGAACCUGGAAAACGAUAAGAGUAAGAUAUAUUCGUCGAAUUUAUAACCGAAACGCAAUUCGACUUAUUUGACGUUACAACAACUUCCGUCUAUACUUCCUGACAUCUACUUCCGUUAAAAACAACAUCUUCCUCGAGUUGAAAGAACAAACCUCCCGAAAAAAUAUUAUUAUUAAACAAAAAAAAGUCUCCCUUCAUCCAAUUACUACAUAAAAUAAUAAUAAUUAAUUAAUUAAUAGUUGGUUUCGUAAUUAAUCGAGCGAUAUUUUGCACUUAAAUAAGCCCGUGUUUUUUUUCUUUUUCAAGUUAUUUUCUUUUUGGUGAUUAUUUUUCUCUGGGGUUCCACAUCCGGUUGAGAGGCAACAUCCAAAUAGUCUGUCCGGAAGUUGAGGAAUUAGCGUUUCUUGAUUUCUUAUGGGACGAAGAUGAAGACGAGUUCGUUUGUUCUGUCAAUAAUCAUGAGCUCCUUCUUCAAAUGAUUGAGAAUAAGAACGGCGACGCUGAACCGUAUAUAAGAAUAGUCAAAGGGAAUUAAGCUCUUCACAGAUGGAUACAAAGAACUACACAGAUGAAAAGUUCACAGGAUAGAUCUUUUAUCGAUUGAUGUUUGUUUUUUUGUUUUUUUAAUUCCCCGCACUUUGACGGAUUUUUAUUUUGUUUUUACUCAUCGCAAUAACAGGAAGAAGAAGGAAUUUUUUUAGUGAACCAGUGAAAUUCCCCCCAAGUUGUUAACUUUAUCAUUCCUCAUUCACUUUGGAAUGAAAAGAAUUUUGAGAGUCUAUGUUAGAUUCUUGGAAGAAAAAAAAAGUACAUUGGAAAAUGUCUUUGGUUAUUUCCGAAAUUAAAAAUUCAAAUUCUCCCGCAUUAUUUGAAUUUCAAACGGAUGGGGGAAAAAAAAGGAAUCAAUGGCGAUGAUCACGAAUACAUAUAAGAAAGAAAGAAAAAAAAAGUGCCUACACACACCCGAAAACAAAAAAUCGCGUUUAGUUUGAUUUCUUUUUUCCUCUCCAUCAUGAAAAACCAGAACCGCAAAAAAGACGACAUGAUAUGCUGCUGGUCUCGUCGCCAUAGAGACGCCCGGCCCGUUUCUCAAUAGCUCCGGCGAUCGUUAUCCAGUCACGUACGGUCGAUUCACUCCAGCAUAUGCAUAACAAAUAAAAAAUAACAGGCCAAUGAUUGAAGGAACCAAAAAUGGAAGGAAUAAUAUAAAAGAGACAGGCUUGUUUAAAUGCAAAUAUUAUCGCCGUUUUAUUAUUAUUAUUAUAUUCACCUUUUUUUUCUUCAAAUUGUAAUUGAAUUUCUUAUUUUUUUCUUCUUCUACACAGCGUCAUUUCUAAUUACUCCUUGGUUUUUAUUUUUUCAAAUUCCUUUGCGUCUGUGUGUUUCUUAUAAUUAAAAAAAAAUCUCUACUUUACAUACAAACCGUCAAAAAGCCGAGCAACGUGAAACAGCAACCUGGAAAAAGAAAAAGAAUCAAGAAAAAGAACAAAAAACAAAAAAAACAAAAAAAAAAAAAACAUUUUCCAAAAGUUUUUUCUUUUCGUUGCGUGUUGCCUCACUCAUGCUUGUACCUCUGCAUAGAUACUUUUGCUAGAUGAUGAUGAUGAUGAUUCAUUUUUGUUCAAGAAGAAGUCAUGCGCCUCGCUUCCUCCGGUUUUUCGUGUGUGUAAAAACGACGAGCAGAUGACGGUCGUUUUAUUUUAUUCUCCAUAAUUUUGUGACAUGACCCUUGAUUUUUCGACUUUGAAUGUUUGUUUGUUUGUUUUCCAGAAAGACAAAUUUUUCAGUUGGAUUAUUCACUUCAUCUUUUUGAUUGUAAUGAUGUCUUUUUUCGAUCUUAUAUAGGCAAUUUUGAUACCUCUCGUCCUUACAUUUACAUAAUUGCGUGAAUGAUAUUAUUAUUAUUAUACCAUUGUAGCUAAAAUUACCAUAAUAUGCUUAUGCGUUGUUUUCGUUAUAUUUUUUUCUCUCUCUCUCUUCCAUUUCAAAAAGAAAAAGAACAACAAAUAAUAUUGAUGAUUAAUCCGGAAUUGUUGGCUCUAUUGCUCACCCGGUUCUUUCGAUCAAUGUCCUAAUGAUUAUUGAACUUUUUUAAAUUGGAAAUUUCGUUCUGUUUUUCUUUGCAACAAAGUGCAAAAAGUUGCAUUUAUCCUUACCCCCCCCCCUCACCACCACCAAAAAGAAUUCUGUCUCCAAAGUAUCUCUCUUUUGAGAGUCGUGUUGUUAACCACCCAAAAAAUAUCGACCACCCCCCCACCACCUCCUUCUUAUCUUCCCUCCGUUCUUCCAAACUUUAUAUAUUACAUAUUUGCGGGCCCACUCUACUACUACUUUUCUCCCCCAAGUUAGUUUUUUUGUCUUUUGGCCAGCCGUGGCGAAAACUCUUUUCAUUAUUAUUAGACUUUUACGUAUAUAUAUAAUGUAAUAGUAUACUGUAAUAAUCGGUAUAUCCGCGGAAAGAGAAAACUCGGCACGGCAUUGGUCAAAUACCGGAAAAAAAAAGAGAAUGGCUUCCCUUUUGUUAUUUCUUCAUGAAUGUGAACGCCAUCAACAACUCUUUCUUUCUUUCUCUCUCUCUCUCUUUUUUCGGUGUGGCCUCCCCAACUUUAUAUACCCACCAAACCCCACCAAGCCCUCCUUUUUAACACACAUGACAUUCCAUUUUUCUUAUAUUAUAAGAGCACCAAAUGAUUUGUUCUUUUCCCAGUUCUGCACCUCUCUCUAUAUCACCCCUGCCACGAGCUAUAAUAAUAUAAGAUUGAAGGAAAAAUAGCCAAAAGAAAAACAAACAACUGAAAUAUAAUUAUAAUUACAACUACAAGGAUAUUAAUUUGAACAACCAUUUAACAACAUAUCCGCUAAAAUAUUUAAAAAAAGAAAAUACCAAGACGUUGCUUUUUUAGUUUUAAUUUAAAAAAUUCAUCAAUUAUUAAAAAAUAUGUAUUUUCAAAAAAUCAGGCGCGCGCUCCUGUAUAAUGUUCUCCACUAUAUACCACCGUGUGUCGUGAGUGUGCCACUUAUCUCUCUCUCUCGAAAAACAAAACUUAUUGGUUUAUGUGUUUCAAUACUUCAUAUAUAUUUUUCAUUCCCCUUUUUCAUCUCUCGUAUUUUUCUGCCAAAUUUUUUCCUCCCCAUCUUCCAACAUCCUCCUUUUCCUAUAAAUACAUUUAUAGAAGCCAGUCAAUACAUGGAAAACUAUAUCC